AUGCCCAGGACGCAGCAGCCGGUCGAGCUGCGGUGGCAGGCCCGUGCGGCGCAGCAAAGGAUUGCCGGGUGGAGGGCCGGCGCGGUGGGGUUGGAGCUGCAGCGGGGUGAGCUCGCGGGCAACGCGCCGGCGCCAUCGGAGAGCGCCGGGCCUGCCACCCCGGGCGCUCCAGCUAUCACCACGCUCGUGAUCAUCAAUAUCCCAAUGGAUGCGACGCAGAGAGAUCUCCUGGGCUUGAUCGACCAAACGGACUUCGCGGACCGCUACGACUUCGCUUACAUGCGGAGAGAUUUCAAAGCCAGAACAACCAACGCCGUCGUAAAUUUUGACACGCCCAGGACUGCUCGCGAGUUCUUCGUCACGUGGGACGGGUCGCAGCUGAUCAGAGCUGGAGCCACAGUGCCCGUGCUCGAGGUGAGCGCGUCGGCGCUGUAG